GACGACAUUUAUCCAAACUGUUAGCAGAUAUCAGCCAAACAGCUAAAAACAUGUCCCUCUUUCAAACCCUCUUUGAUCAGAGAAACUUUUUUGAUCCUUUCAAAUGGUUUCUCUCAGAAAACUCAGAUAUCCUAGGCUCUGAGAACACCAACAUGGACUGGAAAGAAACCCCACAUGCCCACAUCUUCGAAAUUGAUCUUCCGGGUCUUACAAAAGAGGAUGUGAAGCUUGAAGUUCAUGAAGGGAGAGUGCUUCAUAUAAGUGCAGAGAGGAAAGAAGAGCUAGACAAUGAGAAGACGGAGAAGUGGCACUGCAAAGAGAGAAGUAGAGGUAGCUUUAUGAGGCAGUUUCGGUUGCCUGAUAAUGCAAAAGUUGAUGAGAUUAAGGCUUCAAUGCAUGAUGGGGUACUAGUUGUGACUGUGCCUAAAGAUGAGACCAAAAAGAAGCAUAAACAACAUAAGGAGGUUGAAAUUUCUGGGGAUGAAGAAGGUAAACGACAUGCUCCAAAAGGACUUGGUCGUUUUGUGUGCUGCAAAGCUUAAAUAAGCAUGAAACUUAUUCAGUUAUUUGUAACACUUAUUUCUAUAUAGUCUUUGUGGAUUGGUGAGUGUAAUUUUCUUUUCUUUUUUAAAGAAAAAUAGA